AUGAGCAGCAAGAUCAUCGUAGCGAACCAUGUCUCCUCCCUGUUCCCCCCUUCGCAAGCCGCGUUCGUUCAGGUCGAGACUGCGCUUCGCAACCUGCCACUACCUGACGAACCAACCGACUCGGACCCUCCAAGCGAACACGCGUCCUACUCAAGUGUUUUCUACAACGCCAUCACCGGAACGCUCAUAUCACGCGUCCUGAGCAAGGGCAGAAUCCUCGAACUCAUCACCCUUGCCGCCGACAGUCGCCCCCUGCGGUUCUCCUUUCCUGCACCCAUUUUGCCUGCACCCGGGAUAUUUCUUUGGGAACAAUGUGAACUUCAUAUCCUUGUGGUCACUACCGCCGGUUCUCUCUACCGCCUGGUGAUACCUGUUGGAGAUGAUGGUCAGCUUAGUUUAGAGCAACGCGCGAAGAAUUGGUGCAGGGAAUACCUCAUCCGCUAUGCUUCAAGCUUCGACGGCUUGGAGGGUCUCGUGCAUGCUCAAGGGCCGCAUUCUAUCGCAAUAGGUCUUCAAAACGGGUCAUUACUUAGGCUGGAGACGGACGUACUUGGCGACGAGAUGAACACGGAUCAAUGGACUGAGACCAUACUUCAGCACAACUCUUUCCUGAACCAGAUCGCCUCGUUCCUUCACUCAAGCGCUCCCGGCACUUCGCAGGUCAUUGCCCUUGCGUCGUACCCGCAACCGACUGACAUCGGGCAUGUAUGGUCCUUUUCGCGGGACCGCACGUUACGACUUUGGUCUGCGAAGCUCGGCUGCGUCUCAGCGAUCACAUUGCCCAUAGCUGCCAGCAGAGCGAUCACACCAGCAUUCUCCACAAGCGCAUCCUCCACCCCUCCACCACGCCCCCAGAUCUUGCUCGAUGCCGCUCCCCAGAAUCUCCUCCGUGUGUGCUCGCUUCAUGACGAGCCGCGCAUCCUCGUGUUUGUCCCAACGCCAUCAUCAUCGGCCUCAGCCGGAACAUUCCACUUGCUCAGCUUCGCUCAUGACGUACUGAGUCUAACUCGAAUCAUCGAAUGUUCUGAGGAGAGCGCGCACUGUCGCCUACAAGACUUCUUGGUGAUAUCGGAUACGUUAUACGUGCUUUGGGAUAAACAGGGUCAAUCGUUUGUCGAGACUUCCGCCUUGCAGAUUGGAGCAUCCUGGCACAGCGCCGCGUACCCGAAAGAGGCGGAGCUUACACCUUCACACUUGGACGAGCUCCUUCUAUCACCCGGAUCACUCGCAGAGAAGUUCUUCAAGGCGGUCAUGCGCCCAGGAAUGUUCUCCACUGUCACGCUGCGCACGGCGAUCGACCAGUACACGGCUGCGUGUUGUUCGAUUCCAUUCCCUCUUCCCCUACAGCUCACUACCACGUAUACGAGUCUCGGAGAUAAGAUCGCGGCCGUAGUCGGCUGUACCGUUAAGCUCACUCGCGAUCCGCAGACUGGAUUGGUCCAGUAUGAUAACUAUUGGAGCGCUCUGAAGAGAGACUGGGAAGGCUUCAUAGCUCGCUGCCGCGAGAUCGAGCGGAGCGCGCGCUGGCCCUUAGCCCUUGGCAUCUCGGAUCCUACCGGACAAGGACAUGUGGUGGUAAUUGAAAGAGAGCGUCUGGGUGCAAUAUUGGUGGAGGACCAACCUCUAUGGCUCCAUCGCAAUAUGAGCUUAUCCAUGCCAGUUGGUACCAAUCCCGAGCACAACUUGUUCGAGAUCCUGUGGAUCCUUCGCACGAAGCUCAGCCGCCCAACUCUACUCCAGAUCGAGUCAAAGGUGGUCGAUUUUCUUCGGCAAGAAAUCGCGUUCCCCUUCAGCGAUAUUAUCCGGGAUCUGGCCUUGCGCGUCGGGUUCAGGGACGAUCUCGACGAGGGCUUGGAGACCUGGAUUGGCGGACGAUUGCAAAGCAUCGGUGACAUGCAGAAGAUCCAGGAUGCAGUAAAGGCCGCCCUCGAUUACAUCGCACUCUUUGGCUUGGCCAUAAAGAGGGAGGAAGAAGAGGUUGAGUUGAUCCUUCCGACGACCAAUUCGGAGUGGACGAGAGCUCUCACUUCGCAAUAUGCCGCGGCCACCGUUCAAGCACGUUAUGAUCUCGGCUUCUCGCUCGUCCUGUUACUCUUCCUACUUGCCGAUGAACUCGAAGAAUGGGAUCCCGCUCUUCUCGCGGAGGUCUUCGGCGUGUUUCGGGGAAUAUCGAUGCUUCUCCAUAUCGCGAAGCAGCCUUCAGGAGAUGGCAUGGGCGAUAGCUCCAGGGGCGGGGCGUCCGCAGCAGACGAUGUUGUUUCUGGCAUUUCUCAUCUAGGGCUAUCUCAGCGUGAUUCAUUCCGGCCAAAACCGAUCUAUUCCCUGAUGCAUCGAUUGCUCACGCAAUCUAGCGACACUGUCGAUCCUCCAAGUGCCGCGCAUAAUUUCCUCGAGGCGAUUGGGUUACUGGACGCGGGCUCCCCUGCUCACGCAACUAGAAAUGAUGUCUUCUUCUGCGAGCGGCUGCGAUUGGUUGGACACCAUUACGUGGCGCGUGAGUUAUUGAGCUGGCUCCCGAGAACACCUGGCGCUACCUACGUUUUGUCUCGAUUGUGUCUUGACACCGGCAGGAUUGAUGAUGCUGCAUCGCUAUUCCAUAGCCUGGCAGGUGUCUUUGGUGAGUCAUCUAACAUACUCUCAGCAGAGGACUCCCAAGCAUUGGCAGGAGUUCUUCCGGGGGCAAAGUUAUUCGACUCCGAUUUCUCGUUCUACCUGCACACUGCUUCCCUCUUCAAGAGUUCGUCUGAUGUCGAACAUGAGGUACAGUUCUAUCAGCUUGCAAUCUCUGUUGCACCACCGGAACAGGACACAUCCCCGCUGUGGUACGCCGUGAUACAUGGUCUGAUUGGCCUUGCACUGUAUGAAGACGCCUACGCGUCUCUAAUAUCCACGCCUUUCGAGAAGUUGAAGCGCGAGUGCGUCCCGCCACUGGUGUAUAAGAUGUGCGAAGAUAACGCCGUUGACACGCUUAUGACCUUCAAUUUCGCCGGCAUCGCUGACGAAGUGGAGAACGCGCUGGCAUUCAAAGCUCGCAAUGCCGAUCCACGUCUUCGGCCGUUUUACUCGAGAAUACUGUUCGCAUGGUACACCUUGAGAGGCGAUCAUCGCAACGCGGCUCUUGCCAUGUUCCAACGGGCUAGGAAGCUAUCCGACGCUUUGGCGACGGAUAGCGACUUCAUGACCCUGUCGGAGCUACAGCUGGAGGCUUAUGGGGUUGCGAUGAAUUCUCUGUCCCUCCUUGAUGAGAAGGACGCCUGGAUCACGCUCUCUGUCCCAUCGAAGAUUGGUUCUGAGCGCCGAAGGUUGUCAAAAUAUUUCCCCGAAAGUUCGUACUCUCCUGGAACAAGGAAUGUCGAGCUGGUGACGAAAACGGAUAUCGAGUACGAAUAUGCCUUGGUAUCGGCGCGCCUCGAACUUGUUCGUCGUGAGCCUUCAACUAUUUACGAUGGUCCGUCUGUCCUCAUCCGCCUGCUGCCGCCUGAAGCCAUCGUCAUGCGGUUAUCGCAAGCCAAUCGGUUCGAGACCGCCAUCUCCGUCGCUCGUAGCUUGAAGGUGGACAUGUCAGACAUUUUUUCGCGAUUGGCUGGACAAUGUUUGCGGUUGGGCACGAAUCCUAUCUCCGUAACCCAAGAAGACACGUCCGAUUGGCUGCUGACGGACAAAGUAUCUUCUUGGGCGGGUACACCUGUGGAUCGCGGUUGGCGAUUCCUGCGAUUGACCUUGGAGCGCAAUGACGGGCCAGACACGGAUUUUGCCUAUACCAAGGCAGUCCUGGAGACUAUACUCGCAUUUGCCAGAACGACGCCGCUACCGUCCUGGCUGGCAAACGUUCUUCUGGAGCACGAUUCGGAACAUCUGAUUCGCACCUGCCUACGUCACAAGAACUUUGAAUGCGCGUUGGAAUACAGCAUGGCCGUAGUGAAACGAGCCGACGCUCAAUUGAACCGACAACCCCCGAAAACAGCCAUGACCACUUGGGUUCCCUACAACCUCAUCGACCAAGUGCUGGCGGCGAUCGAGAGCGAAGGAAGUGUGUCUACUCGCGCACGAACGUUGCAGCAAUCGCUGAAAAAGGAAAUCUCUUCUCGCUUGCCCCGGUUGCACAAGCUCAGCCAGUUUCCGACACGGCAGUCGACCUAG